UUUGACAAACAUUGAAUUAUUUGGAAUAUUUUUGUAUGUGAAUUUGUAGAUGAUGCAUUCAUUUAAUGUUGCUUUUAUGUCAUUAAACUGAUCAUUUUCCAGUAAGUACCGAAAUUUGCAGGCUGUUUAGUAAAUGUCAAUGCAUAAUGAAAACAAAUAAAUAAUUAAAAUAAAUGCAUCGCAUCUUAUACCAGAAUCGUUUUGGAGCAAGAAAACGGACAUUCUUCGAUUAUGUAUAAAAUUCCGAAAUUGGACAAUUCAAUGGCAUACCAGAGACCAAUAACUAGACAUUCUAAUAAGGGCAAUUUUUUCGACAAGUCUGCAAAAGAUAUCAACAAGCGUUAUUCGGUACUUAGGGAGAAAAUUAUGGAGGAACACCAAUCAGCACUUAAAGUCUAUGAAAAACUAGUAGUAGAACUAAAAGAGGAAAGAAAAAAUAUGCUAUUAGGAGAAAUGCUCAGUUUUGAACAUAAUGAGAAUAUGGGACAGGAGAAAGGUGCUGGUGAAGCAAUUCCUGAUGAUAUCGCACUUUAUCAAGAUUUUCUUGACUACCGAACGGCUAGUCCAGAACUAUUAGAUAAUGUUGCUAAAACUGAACAAGUAAGAAAAUUAGAUAUUGUUGUCCAAAUACAUGAGAAAAAGAUAAAAAGUCUUGUGGCCAAAUGGCGGAAGCUGGUUCAUAGACAAUCAUUAACUGAGAAGAGCAUGCUUGAAAAAUCGGUCGUUAGAAAACUCGAAGAUGAAAUAAAGAAAUUAAAAGUUAUUAUUGACUCGCAAAAUAAAACUGCUAUAAAACUGUACAAUCGAAAUUUCAUGAGAGCUCAAAAUAUUCAAAUAUUAAAGAUCAUAUUAAAACACUUAACUAAUAAAUCUAAAAAUUCAGAAAAGAAGAAUAUACAAUUAAAUGGAAAGCUGAAGGAAGUUCAAGAGCGAAGUAAAAUUCAGGAACGUAAAUGGAUCAAAGAGAGGGAUGAACUGUGUAAAACGAUUAAUCAGCAAGAACAGAUCUUACAAAGAGUACUUGUCGAAAAAAAUCAUUUUCAGGCCAGGUACAAUAUGGCCGAAAAAAAUUUUGAACAGAUUGAAGAAAAAUUUCUUACUGAGAUAAAGAACCUCAAAGAAAAUAUAGCUGAAAAAAAUAAAGAACUAGACGCGGUCAAGAAAGAGAAAAUGCUAAUUCAAAAGGAGCUAAAUGCACUUAAAGAACUGUUGGACAAGUUAAAUGAAAAUAAAAAGGAACUGAUCGAUAAACAUUCACAAACAUUAAAAAUUGACAUGGUUGUCGCAAAAUUAUUACUGAAUCAAAUAAAGAAAAAUAUAAAUCAGUUGGAGCCAGAUGAAAAGGAUACGCCUACAGUUACUUCGGUGCAAGAGAUAACUACAACAUCUUUCCACGUUAGCACUUUGAUCAAGAAUACUGGCGAAAUGUGGUACCAAAAAAUAAAUAAGAUAAAAGCCGACCUGAGAAAGAGAUUCAUGUAUGUUAUGAGAAAUUCAUCUGAAUUUCUUAAUUUACACAAGACGCUUUAUCCCAGCCUUACACUAAGAGCAAUGUUGGAACCAUAUUGCUUUAAUGCCACCGAGGAUCCUAAACAAGACAGCAAAAAAAGAAUUUCUCACUAUGUAACCCUGAUUAGAAAACAAAUGAAGCGUAUAAAUGAAAUGAAAUGUUUAUUUCGGUUUUGUAAUAGCAAAAUUGAGCAACUGAGUAUGUCCCAUAAUGAAUUGUUUAUGGAAAAGGAUAUUUUGAUUAAAUUAGUCGAGGAACUCCAGAAUGUUCUAAAAUGAUAAAUGUAUCUUAUAACUGUACACGUCUGUCAUUAAAGAAAAUACUUUGUCGGUGUGAUUAUUAUAA